AGAGUGCGAGGGGGGAAGGGGAGAGAAGGGAGAGGGAGCGCCUGGGACUCGAGACGGCGGCAGGUUCAAUUAGCUAAACAAAGAAAUCAUGGCGGAUUGUUUACAUUUGGCAGCGCCCGGGCUGCGCCGACCGCCGGCCCCAAGCCGCCGCGGGCCCCGAGGAGUCGGCCGAGCUGCCCCCGCGCCCUAGCCGGAUGUUUGAAACUAUCGCUUUGCUGACAACAUCUGACUGCCACGCUAGGAUGUGAUGCUUAAGGGACUUACCAAUUUGGGCUCCGUCCAGGAGCUGAAAACUGAUUACAAAUAUGAAACGGAUUUCACUACAGGACUUGAACUCUACAUUAAAAAACAAUGAGCUUCCCAAAAUAAUUGAAAAAGAUCUUCACCCAAGAGUAGCUGCAAUGUGAAUGGCAGGAUAUGAAGCAAGUAAAAGAUGGUGAAAAGAUUAUCUUAAGCUGGGAAUUAAGUGAUGAAAGGGACCUUGGAAAUUAUCAACUCUAAAUGCUUCUUUAGAGGAAAAUUGAAAGCAGUUAAGAACCUGCCCCCUGCUGUGCUGAGUUGGAGUUCUUGGUGCCUGGGUGCAUCCCCAAGGCCACUGGUCUUCAGAUCUUUCUUACUUGAGAAGAACGCCUCCACCUCCGGGCUCUCCCACCAGUGGUACUGCCACCACCACACACCAGCAUAAAGCACAGAUUGCUGCCCAGCUCCUUGGAGAGGGGCCAGUGCAUUUGUCAGGAAUUGAAAAGUUUUGGAGCCAGUUCGAGGACUUUCUGGUACACAAAGUGUUGGCUGGAAGCAUGCAUUUCUCUUACCUGGAGGAAGGCUAAUUGAAUAAUACCCUGGGCCAAGCAUGCGUCUCUCCUGAAACAAUCAUAUUGUGCUCUAUCUUUCUGGUUUCUUCCCUUGAUGCUGACUCCUCUUGGAGGCCAAGAAAGAAGCAAACAGGGUUCCCCAAGGUCUCAGAAGACUCCUCAGGGAGUCUGCAUUGGAAGUCUGUGGACACCUCAGGACAAAGCAGCUCUCCGGGAGUAUGCCUGCAGUUUUAAAUAGUUCACAGUUUCCAUGUGGAUACAACCUCACCUGUUCACCCACCCUCUUCAAUACAUUUGUGUUUGGAAUGAGGAUGUUUGCACUAGGAGAUAAGAGCUUUAUUUUUAAAGUUUAAAAAACCUGAUUAUCUCACACAGAGCUGUUGGAAUUACUUCGUGAUGAUUUCAAAGAAAAUUUUCUUCUCUAAACACUCUUAUCCCAAGGGAAAAGCUCACCAAGGAAGUCAAAAUGAAAGAAAGAAGCAGACAGGGCCGAGGCUCCCUGAGAUGCAGAAACUGAGGCACGGAGCAAGGUUAAGUAAAUUGUUCAAGCCAUAUAAGUGGGCUAGGAUUCUUGACUUUCUUCUGCAGAACACUGAAACAUGCCUCCUCUUUCCUGGCUCCACCAAGCAGAGUUUGGGCUUCAAGAAGACUGAAUGCAUCUGUACAGAGCACAAUCCCUUCUCCAAGAAGGAAACCAUGGGGCUUAUCAAGAAAGAUGUGCCACAGCAGAAGCAAGUUGUGUUGGCAGUAGGAAACAAGAUAAAGGAAGAACUCAAAGAGUUGAGAGAAGGUUUUGAACAUGAUGAUGGAGAAAUAGCACUUGGGAGAAAUGAAGAUACUUUCUCCUCCCUGGUUACCUGAGUUUCCAGCACCCAGUGAUAAGAAAGGAUGCCAUUCGUGAUGUGUACACCUGCAGUGAUAUCUUCACCUUUCUAAAGCAGAUGCCAUGGUAGACAUUUGCCAGCUCUCCUUUCACUGUACACACAGCUUGGUGUAUGCUGGCAGACUUUUGACCUAAUUUCUUAACCCUCAUAUAUUCCAAGACAGAACAAAGCACACAAUAAAACCUGAAUGAGGCCAGGCAAAGUGGCUCAUGCCUGUAGUCCCAGCACUUGGGGAGGCCGAGGAGUGGGCAGAUCACUUGAGGUCAGGAAUUUGAGACCAGCCUGGGCAACGUGGUGAAACCCCGUCUCUACUGAAAAUACAAAAAUCAGCCGUGUGUGGUGGCAGAUGCCUGUAAUCCCAGCCACUGGGGAGGCUGAGACACAGGAAUCACUUGAACCCAGGAGGGGGAGGUUGCAGUGAGCCGAAAUUGUGCCACUGCACGCCAGCCUGGACAACAGAGCAAGACUGUGUCACAAAAACAAACCAACAAAAACCUGAAUGAAUGGAAGCAGAUAAGUGCAGAGAGAAACACCAAUUUACCCUCAGGAAAAUAAAUUAGUAUAUCGGUAUACCUGUAUAUUGCUAUCUACUAGUAUAGCUUCAAUUGGUGUAUGAGUGUAGAACUAUUAGAUUGUUCUUUAUGUGAUUGCUCCUUCCCAGUUUUAGUAAAAUAUUCCAAUUUGAGGGAAAUUCUUUUAUUUGUCAAUAAAAUAGAGGAAAUUUUUAAAAUAUG